AAACAGUUCCCAGCAUCUCAAGAAAAUGAACGAAGGUAUACAGAAUGCAUCCAAGUCUACAUCUGAAAUAGCAAACCAGACACUGGAGCAAGGCACGCACCAAGAACUUGCUAAUACGGAACCCUACAUGAUACUUGAUAACAUGGAUUGCUCAAUGUCAAUCAAUACAGAGACUAUUUUCACCAUGUUUAACAAUUUAAGCAAGCAAAUAAAUAUGAAUACUAACAAAAUCGAAGAGCAAAUCGAAAAAAGCCAACAGAACAACGUAGAGGCUAUUAAACAAGUAAAGAAAGAGCUAAUAGGUCAGCUGGACGGCAUCAAAGCGAGACAAGACAAACUCGAAGCUGACAUCGGAAAUAUCAAGUCCGGCAAAAUCAGCAUUCCAUCAGUUCAAGGCAUCACUCCAGAGCUGGAAGAAACUCAAGUAAAAAUCAAACAGCUCGAAAAUAUGAUCUACCAACAAGAAAAACUCACCGAACAAAUGAAUAUUAACGUCAAAAACCACGAAUGGACAGAUCGCAGCCUUACAACUGAUGCAAACAACGGUAGCACGUCUGUUCACCCGCGGACAAAUCACCCGCGACAUUUCACCCACGACAUUUCACCCGACGACAAUACACCCCCAGAAAAUAUACCCUCAGACCAAAUCACUCGUGACAAUACACCCGCAAAUAAAAUCAAUCGUAAAUUCCCACUGUUUUUGAAUCGACAUUUCAUGCCACCUAUCGGUCAAUAUUAUUCUUAAUUAUCGUGGAUACAUCCCGUAUGUCAUUGUGAAACACCUUAAUUUUCAAUAUAUUUCGUGCUAUCAGACUAAAGUACUAUAUUAUAAAGCAAAACAUGUGAUCAAAAAUCAUAAUUGAAGUUAUAUAUAAAGUGUUAUCAAUUAUUAAUUUUAAAAUGCCAUUGAAAUUUAUCAAAUCCCAACUAGGAAAAAAUUUAUUAAUACAUGAAGGAUACGUUUAUACCUGUAAAAGCUUAAAUAAAAAAAGUGUGACUUGGCGUUGUAAUGAACACAGCGGAAAAUUUGCUUGUUCUGUUAUUGUUCAUACGACAACCGAUGAUAAAAAUGGAAAUAUUAUUGGAGAUCCUCCGGUACAUGAUCAUCCCGCCGAUUUAGUCGAUGUGAAAGCCAAGCGUAUUCGAACAAAUUUGAAACGUCGUGCCGUCAAUGAUGAUGUCGGACCAAUUGCUAUCAUAGAUAAUGUCGUCAAAAAUAUUAAGUCACCUGUUAUUGCUCGUUUGGGUUCAGUUGCAUCUAUGCAGCAUACGAUACAACGCGCUCGACAAGGAAAAGUGCCCAAGGUUAAAGAAACGGUGCUUUCUGAUUUUACUGUACCUGACGAGUUACGCUGUACUUCCAAAAACGAACCAUUUUUGCUCUAUGAAAGCGGGAGUCGUCGGAAUCGCUAUUUGAUAUUUUCAACUGACGCUAAUUUGAAAAAAUUAAGUGAAUGUGAAAUUUGGUGUGGAGAUGGGACAUUUCGUACUGUUCCGGCCAUGUUUCAACAGAUGUAUUUGUUGCGUAAUCACAACUACAUUCAAAUUUGAAUGUAGUUGAACUUCCGGCAAAUAGAGGCAGCACCUACUGGGGCCUAGUGUCCAUCUAUGGGAACUUGACUUGCACUGUGGGACGCAUGCGCAUGAAUUUAUCCUGCCUCGUGGCAAGAAGACCGACGCCAUUAUCUAUUCGUUUAUACAAUUUCAAGUGUCACCACGUGUCUUGUAUAAUCUAUUAAAAUUGCGCUCAUCUCGAGUAAAUCAUUAAAAGUAAUCAAUAAACUACGUUAAGGGUUCAUAACUCUAUCAAAAAAUAUAAUUAUUUUUAUAAUUGCGAGCUCAGAGCUCAAAAAAUAAAUAUAAAACAACUUCAAGAAAUCCAGCGUUCUACAACCUGUUCCUGACGAGGUUAUAUCAUCGAGAAAGCAACAGGUGCAUUAUUUAUUAAACAUUUACUUGCUAUCAGUGCUCAAUUAAUUUAAAAGACUCAGUUUUAUUAUUUAUUUAAUUAUCAUUAUGCUCAAUUUCUUAAUUAAUUUCAAAGUUAUAUUUCGCUCAGUAGCCUCUGCUAUCAUGCUACCACGUGUUCAACAAAUAAAUUAAAAUCAGUGUAAUUUAUCAUGAGCUCAUUAAAUUCAAUUCAAUUAAGUGAUCAUCACUAUUAAAACUCAAUAACAAAAAUAUUUAUGUAUUCAGUGCUAUUAAAAAUAGUAAUUAAUGUGUUCAAUAAUUCACUUCGCUCAGUAACCUCUGACAUCAUGUUACUUAUUAUCAUGACAUUUUUGCAUUCAACUCAGUGUUCAAUUAAACUCAACUUGAUUAUUUUUAAUUCAUUAUUUACUCGAGCUCAACUCAAUAAUUUGCAUUCAAUUAUUCACGUAUUCAUGAGCUCAGACAUUCAAACAGUAUUUAUAAAUUAAAUAAACUAUUUAAUUUGCAACCCAGUGAUAUUUUGUGCUGUGACAAAUAAAAAUAUUGUUAUAUUUUCAAAUUUGCGUAUUUUUCAAACAUCCCAACCACC